AUGAAUAAUGGGGAUCAAAUCGAUGAGCAAACACUGAUAAUGCGAGCAACCAAGGACGCCAUGGGGAAUGAGCAGUCCCUACCUUAUAACCCAUUCCUUAUUCACCUGUCGCUAAAAAACGCCAUCGGAAGGGAACCGAAUGAAGUUGUUAAGGCGAGUAAAGAGGCCAGGGGUACACAGUACAUCCUCAAAACCUCCUCUCGCGUAUACGGCCAGCUCAUAGAGAUGACACAAUUAAUUAAUGGGACCAACGUAGAAAUAACUCAACAUCCAACACUGAACAAAACGGCGGGCGUAAUAUAUGAUCUGGAUACUAAAAAUCUAUCCACCGACCUGAUCCUGGAAGGACUCAAAGCGCAAGGGGUUAUUGAAGUGGGCAGAAUCACCAAAAAAGUAAGUGGUAUUCCGACCAACACUCCGCUACUGGUCGUCUACUUUGAGGGUUCGUACCUUCCGGAUCACGUGUACUUAGGAAUGCUGAGGGUAAACGUCAGAAGAUACUACUCAAGUCCCAUGCAGUGCUACAGGUGUGGCCGUUUCGGACACGGCAGCAACAACUGUAAGGAAAAAGAAAUCUGCCUAAACUGCGGAACGGAGCAUGAGACAACAAUGGAGAAUCCAUGUAAAAAAACGAGCUACUGUAUUAACUGCAAAGGGGAACAUUCGGCACGAGAUCGCACGUGUUCAGUUUAUGAAGCAGAAAAACACCUCGUCAAGGUCAAAACUGACAAUAACAUAACCUUCCCCGAGGUCAGAGCUUUGCUGAAACAAGACAGAACAGGCAACGAAACAGUAAGUAAGGUAAACUCCCGGAUGAACACUCACGUCGAUGAUAAAGAUCGCAUUAUCCAACUGCUCAGGCAGGAAGUGGAAUCUUUGAAGAAGGCCACCAAUAGCCAACCCGCAAGCGAUGAUAAAGACACCACAAUAAAAAAAAACUUAAGGAACAGCUAA